ACACACACAUUUCUGUCACCCUGUCUGUGGUAUCGAGGGGACCAUAAGGAUUCAGCUGGUUCUUGAGGGAAUAACAACCACAUUUCAACUGAUAUAUAUAUAUAUAUAUAUAUAUAUAUAUAUAUAUAUAUAUAUAUAUAUAUAUAUAUAUUGUAUAUAUACAAGAGAAAUGAUCUCACCUAGGUGAUCCACGAGUUCUGCGAUUUUAUUUAUAACUGACCCCGGGUCUGCUCGGAGUCGGACUCGCCGCGUGCGGAUCAGUAGAGCCACUUAAUAACUUGGCAAACUUCGGUCACGCGGUCUCGAAGGACUUCAGUGGAAGCUGCGAUGGAGCGCCUGCGGUGCUGUUAUGUUCUUUCUUUGAUACUGAUGUUCAGUGUUCAAUUUUCCCAGAGCAUGGAGACAAAUAAAGUUAUUCCAGCAGAAAACCUGCUUGUACUUACUGUUGCCACGCAAGAAACAGAUGGAUUCCUUCGAUUCAUGCAGUCAGCACACUACUUCAACUAUACUGUGAAGGUGCUGGGGAUGGGUGAGGAGUGGAAGGGAGGGGAUGUGGGCCGUUCCAUUGGUGGAGGCCAGAAGGUUCGACUGCUGAAGGAGGCCAUGAAGGGACUGGCUGAACAAGAGAACCUGGUUGUACUUUCCGUAGACAGUUAUGACCUCAUCUUUGCUGGUGGGCCUGAGGAGAUCCUAAAAAAGUUCCAACAGAUGAAUCAUAAGGUGGUGAUCGCUGCUGAGGGCAUUAUCUGGCCAGAUACACUACUGCAAGAGAAGUACCCCUCCAUCCGCAAUGGGAAACGGUUCCUUAACUCUGGAGGCUGUAUUGGCUAUGCUCCAUACAUACACAAGAUUGUGAACCAGUGGGACCUUCAUGACAAUGAUGACGAUCAACUGUUCUACACAAAGAUCUAUGUGGAUCCACUGCAGAGGGAAAGGCUUAAUAUGACCUUGGACCACAAAUGCGAGAUAUUCCAAAAUUUGAAUGGAGCAGUAGACGAAGUUCUUCUGAAGUUUGGGACAGAGCGGGUGCGAGUGAGAAACACAGUCUACAACAGUCUUCCAGCGAUAAUCCACGGAAAUGUGAACACCAAGAUAUACUUAAAUUACUUGGCCAACUACAUCCCCAAUAUAUGGAACUAUGAGAGCGGCUGUACCAUCUGUGACCAAGACAUGGUGGAUUUGUCUCAGCUUAAAGAAUAUCCACGAGUGACUGUGGGUGUAUAUAUCGAGCAGCCAACCCCAUUCCUGCCUGAGUUCCUUGAGCGGCUCCGGACUCUAGAUUAUCCCAAAGAUAAACUGAACGUCUUUUUUCAUAACACUGAGGUUUACCAUGAGAAACACAUCCAGAAGUUCUGGGAAGAGAACAAGGAUGUAUUCCACAGUUUUAAAGUUGUUGGCCCAGAAGAGAUUUUGAGUCAAGGAGAAGCACGGAACAUGGGCAUGGAUUUGUGUCGGAAGGAUCUUUCAUGUGAUUAUUACUUCAGCAUUGAUGCAGACGUAAUGCUCACCAACCGACAGACACUGAAACUCCUCAUCGAGCAAAACAGAAAAAUAAUUGGGCCUCUAGUCACCCGUCAUGGAAAACUAUGGUCCAACUUUUGGGGAGCCCUGAGUCUGGAUGGUUACUACGCAAGAUCUGAGGACUACAUCGACAUUGUGCAGGGAAAGCGAGUUGGUGUGUGGAACAUUCCCUUCAUGGCCCACAUCUACUUGAUCAAGGGUCAGGCUCUGCGGAAUGAACUGAGAGAGAGGAAUGUCUUUGUCUUGGAGAAGCUGGACCCUGAUAUGGCCAUGUGCAGGAAUGCCAGAGAGCUGACAGUACAAAGAGAAAGAGAAUCUCCCUCUCCGGAAUCAUUCCAUAUGCUCAGAUCCCCAAAGGGAGUUUUCAUGUACAUAACAAAUCGCCACGAGUUCGGAAGGAUCAUUUCAACUGCCAACUACAACACAUCUCAUUAUAACAAUGACCUUUGGCAAAUAUUUGAAAAUCCUCUGGACUGGAAAGAGAAAUACAUCCACCCAAACUACACACGGAUUUUCACGGAAAACCUCUUAGAGCAGCCAUGUACAGAUGUUUUCUGGUUCCCUGUGUUUUCUGAGAAAGCCUGUGAUGAGUUGGUGGAAGAGAUGGAAAACUUUGGGACAUGGUCUGGUGGAAAACACGAGGACAGGCGUAUCACUGGAGGUUAUGAGACUGUCCCGACAGAUGACAUUCAUAUGAGACAGAUCGAUUUUGAUAAAGAAUGGCUGCACUUUAUCAGAGAAUUUAUCUCCCCUAUCACUCUCAAGGUCUUCUCCGGCUAUUACACCAAGAGCUAUGCGAUUAUGAACUUUGUGGUGAAGUACACGCCAGAACGACAAGCCUAUCUACGACCACAUCACGAUUCCUCAACGUUUACCAUUAAUAUUGCCCUCAACAACAAAGGCAUGGACUUCCAGGGUGGAGGGUGUCGAUUCCACAGAUAUAACUGUUCCAUAGAGUCUCCUAGAAAAGGUUGGAGCUUCAUGCAUCCAGGCAGACUCACCCACCUUCAUGAAGGACUACCUACCACCAGUGGAACACGCUACAUAGCAGUGUCCUUUAUAGAUCCAUAGACCCCCUCUGACAGUUCUAGGAAUUCUACACUAAGAAUUUAGUCUCAUCUGUUUGGCUGUCUGUUUGUUUUUGCUGAUUUAUUCUUGGUUUAUGUGUUGUGUCACUGUUUGUGUUUGCUGUAAACAUUUACUACUGUCAAGAGAGAAGAAGAAAUGCUGUUCAACACAAGUUUAAUAAAAGGUUUCUAAGUUGGUGCACACAUAUUUACACACACACUCGGACAUUCACACAUAUAAACCUUGUUUCAGUUUCAAUAUUACCUUACAAGAGAUAUUUGACUGUAAUUGUUCUACUGUAACAUUGGCAACACAUCAGGUGAGGACAGUAACUGUUUACUUGUGGUUCAGGGGGGUUAGCAGAAUAACUUUAUAUAAUCUUACUUGUCACUUCAGUUUUCAUUUUAGGUUGGUAAGGAGGACCUCAUUGUUAGCUCAGCUCAGCUCAAUGUACUGUACAGUUAUCUGGAUGUUUAAAUUGAAGAGGUAGAGGCAAUACAUAAAGUAGCUGAACACGUUUUUACUAAAAAAAAAAACACAACACAACUUUUCCAGCAGCUAUGGAUUAUGGAUAUAAUAUCAACAUAUUUUACCAUCUUUAAAAAGGAUAGACAUAAUAUUGUAUCUUUGCACAAAAUGAAACAACAGGAUUUAAAAUGAAUUCUGUUUUAAGUUUUUUGUAAACAAAUUCUUGCUAAAGGAAAAGUUUUACUGUAAAAUUCAAGGUAAAAUAUGCCUUAUUUUCUAAACUGAAAAUAUCUCAGAGAUGUUAAAUAUUUUACUUUCUCUGAAAGUUGUUCCUUAUAAUGUCUCAACCAGGUCAAUCUCUUAACUUAUUUUGAAAUUGUUGAAAUAAUAAAAUGUGUUUUUAAAAAGAAAGCACUUUUUAUCUUCUG